AUGGCAGCUUCUACUGAACAAGCAGCACAGCAAAUGCUGACGGUUCUAGAGAAAACCGUGUCGCAAAACCAGAAUGAUCAGAAGCAGGCGAUGGACUAUAUCGCAGCAGCAUGCCAGCAAGACUUCCCCGUCUUCGUUCAGUGCCUCAGUAUGAUCCUCCGAACGCAACAGUGCGAGUCGUUCGUCCGUCAGGCCGCCGGUUUGCAACUGAAAAACGUUCUGUGCGCGAAAGAAACUGAAACGAGAACGGGAUAUCUGCAGAGAUGGUUGCAAUUGACAACAGAAGUACGAGAACAAGUCAAGCAGAAUGUCACUGGAACGCUUGGAACUGAACCAUCGAGACCUUCCAUUGCCGCCCAAUGUGUUGCUGCCAUCGCAUGCGCUGAGCUCCCACAGAAUUUGUGGCCAAAUGUAAUUCAGCUUCUGAAGAGCAAUGUCACAGAACCGGCAAGCGGCGAGAUGUUGAAAGAGUCAUCACUGGAAACUCUUGGAUACAUUUGCCAAGAUAUCGACCCAAGACACCUGGAGGCAAAGGCCAACGAUGUUCUGACAGCAAUUAUUCACGGAAUGCGUCCAGAAGAAGGCUCCGCUAACGUUCGGUUCGCCGCCACAAACGCUUUGCUGAACUCUCUCGAAUUCACCAAGACAAACUUUGACAACGAGGCAGAGAGAAACAUCAUCAUGCAAGUUGUAUGCGAAUCGACGAACAGCCCUGAUCAGCGAGUAAAAGUUGCUUCUCUUCAAUGUCUCGUGAGAAUCAUGCAACUUUACUACGAGCAUAUGCUACCUUAUAUGGGAAGUGCUCUGUUCCAAAUCACGUUGGGUGCAAUGAAAUCUCAAGAGCCAGAAGUUGCGAUGCAAGGAAUGGAAUUCUGGUCAACAGUUGCUGAAGAGGAGUUCGACUUGUACAUGGCAUACGAAGACGACGUUGAACGAGGCGUUGAGAACCCUCAGUGCUCUUCUAGACGGUUCAUGGAGCAAGCCGCAUCUCAUGUGUGCCCUGUCCUGCUCGAAGCAAUGGCACAUCACGACGAUGGUGACGAUGAGGAUGACUGGACUCCAGCUAAAGCGGCAGGAGUGUGUCUGAUGUUGGCUGCACAGUGUGUACGAGAUGAUAUUGUCAACUACGUAAUUCCAUUCUUCAAACACUUCCAAAAUCCCGAUUGGAAGUACAAGGAGGCCGCGAUCAUGGCUUUUGGAUCGAUUCUCGAUGGACCUGACCCGAAAAAACUGCUACCAAUGGCCCAGGAAGCUCUUCCAGCUAUUGUUGCUGCUAUGUGCGAUAAGAAUGUGAAUGUGCGUGAUACUGCUGCUUGGGCUCUUGGCAGAGUCAUCGAUACAUGCUCCGAACUUGCCAACAAUGCUGAGCUCCUCCAGUCUGUUCUUCCAGCACUUUCAAACGGUCUUCACCAAGAACCAAGAGUAGCUAACAAUGUUUGUUGGGCACUAGUAUCUCUUGUCAAGGCUUGCUACGAAUCUGCAGUUGCCAAUGGAACCGAUGGAACUGGCCAACCUGAAACCUUCGCCCUUUCAUCAGUUUUUGAUCCAAUGGUCAAUGAGCUCAUCAAGAUCACAGACAGAGCCGACGGAAACCAAUCGAAUCUCAGAAUCACUGCUUACGAAGCUCUUAUGGAGUUGAUCAAGCAUUCGCCAAAGGAUUGCUACUCGGCCGUUCGUAACACAACCGUUGUCAUUUUGAAGAAACUCGAGAGUCUAUUGCAAAUGGAGUCACAAGCUACUAGCGAAGCAGAUAAGGCUCAAGUACGAGAUCUCCAGGCUAUGCUUUGCGCCACUUUGCAAUCAGUCACCAGAAAGAUGCAACCAGUUGACAUUCCUGCUGUCGGAGAGCACAUUAUGAACGGAUUACUUCAAAUUAUGAACAGAGCUGCCGCCACGAGAAGUAACGCAGUCAUGGAGGAGGCUUUGUUGGCAGUUGCUUGUUUGGCAGAGCAUCUUGGCAAAGGAUUCAUCAACUACAUGAAUGUCUUGAAGCCAUAUUUGCUGCAGGGACUCGCCAAUGUUGACGAAACACAAGUUUGCGCUGCUGCCGUUGGACUUGUCACUGAUCUCAGUCGUGCUCUUGAGGCAGACAUUAUGCCAUACAUGGACGAGAUGAUUGAGAAGUUAAUAUUCUGCCUUCAGGCACCAAAGUUGGACAGAAACGUAAAGGUGGUGAUCAUUGGAACAUUUGCUGAUAUUGCCAUGGCUAUUGAGUCCAACUUCGAGCGUUAUCUUAACACAGUUGUGCCGAUUCUCAACGAUGCUCAAAACGCAGCAGUGGUCACCGAUCCAGUACGUAAUUCAAGAAAUUCGUCCCCGUUUUAUGGGUUAUUGUUACAGAACGACGAUGAUCAAGUAGACUAUGUGGAUCGAUUGAGAGAAGCGUGCCUCAACUCGUACACUGGAAUUUUGCAAGGAUUCAAAGCUUCGCCUGAUGUAAAUUACUACGAGUUGUUGCUUAUACUGGGAUUUGUCUUUCAGAUCGCCGCCACCCGAAUGACCGUCAAAGCGUUUGUCGAGCCAAUCAUUUCGUUGAUCGUCAGAGUUUCGUCAAUGGAACCCGUGCCACCUUCCGAAUCACUCAUGGCCACCACCGCUGGCAUCAUUGGAGAUUUGGUUGGAAUCUAUGAAGGAGAGAUAGUUCGAUUCUUCACCUCUGAAAAUGUCAACAAUAUGCUGCAAAAGGGAAGAAAAUCGAAGGUUGGAAAGACGAAGUCGAUGGCGAACUGGGCGACAAAAGAAAUCAAGAAGUACACCAGCAGCGGAGCAGCAGGAUUCAACUUCAAUCGCUAG